AAGCCGCGUGUUCCAUGCGGAAGAAGACCGUCUCUGGUCCUUUUUGCACUAUUUUGCUCCAUCUAGACAAAAACCCUUGUUUACUUUUCCUCUCUCUGAAACCCUAAUCGCUGACCAUGGGCGACGCCGAUCAGCAGCCGCCGUUAAAUGAUUACGAUUCUCUGGCAGUGCCUCCGCUGGAUCACAUAUUCCUAUCUGCACAAUCAUCAGACGAAAACUACGUCUCCGAUCUCCACUUUUCCCUUGAUGAUAGCAACUGCGAUUUCGACAUCACUUUUGAUGAUUUUGAUGACUUCUUUUUCCAAUCCGAAAACGAUCCUAACUCCACAGAUCAACGUCAUUCCGAGUCUCCGGUUUCCGCUAGCUACGGAGCUUCCGCUGGGGAUGAUGAUGUCGCUGCAAAGUAUUUAAAUUCGUCGCCUUCUUCGGAAUACGUAAAUUCUAAUUCGUGUGACCAUUCCGAUGCGGAACUGAAUGCGCUGUCUCCUGCUUCCUCUCAGGGAUCAGGGAAUGCGGAUGCAUAUGUGGGGGUUGAUCAGAAGAUUAAAUUGGAAAAGCAAGGCCUUUGGAAGAGGAAAAAGGAGACUGAAGAUACGAGUGGCGAAACACGAACUCCCAAGUACCGGAGAUCCGAGAAUGCUAACCCUAAUAAUGAAAGCUUUGCUACAGCUGCUACUGCUACCACUGCCACUGAUGAGGAUGAGAAAAAGAGAGCUCGGCUUAUGAGAAAUAGAGAGAGUGCGCAGCUCUCCAGACAGAGGAAGAAGCAUUAUGUUGAAGAGCUGGAGGAUAAGGUGAAGUCCAUGCACUCUACUAUUGCUGAUUUGAAUACUAAAAUUUCAUAUUUCAUGGCUGAAAAUGCCACUUUGAGGCAGCAAGUCAGUACCAAUGGCAUCUGCCCGCCUCCUAUCUAUCCCCCAAUGCCUCCUAUGGCAUUCCCAUGGCUGGCCUGUGCUCCUUAUGUCGUUAAGCCGCAAGGCUCUCAAGUGCCAUUGGUUCCUAUUCCUAGAUUGAAAACACACCAGCCUCGCCCCGCUGUCAAAUCCAAAAAGUCCGAGGAUAAGAAAGCCGGUGGUAGUAAGACCAAGAAGGUUGCUAGUGUUAGUUUUUUGGGUUUAUUAUUUUUCAUUUUUUUGUUCGGUUGUCUCGUGCCAAUUGUUAAUGUUAAGUUUGGGGGAGUGAGGGACAAUUCUGCUAAUGGUUUUGGUAGCGACAAGCUCUAUCAUCACCAUACAGAGAGGGUCCUCAGAGUUGAUGGACAUUUAAAUGGGUCCCAUGAGAAUUUGGAUUUUGGUUUUUCUAGUGGGAAUCAUGACAAGGGCUACAGAAUUCAUUGCGGGAGAGGAACGGAUGGAUGCUUAGCAUAUGAUUCUGACAAGAAAAGAGGAUUUGAGCAUUUACCAGACACUGACGAAUUUACUCGCCGUGGGAAUAAUAGCAAAUCGCUUGCAGCAUCUUUAUAUGUGCCAAGAAAUGAUAAGCUUGUUAAGAUUGAUGGGAAUUUGAUAAUUCAUUCAGUUCUUGCCAGUGAGAGAGCUAUGUCCUCUCAUGAGAAUCUUGAAGUGAAAAAAAGUAAGGAGACUGGUUUGGCAAUCCCUAGAGAUAUGUCUCCGUCACCCGCUAUUCCUGGAAGGUACUCUUACUUGUAUCGACAUCUUAAUGAACGCCAGAAGGCCCUUACUUCUGAGUCUUCUGAUACUUCGAAGGACCACGUGAAGUCGUCUGCAGCUGAUGGUAAACUGCAGAAAUGGUUUCAUGAAGGCCUUGCUGGGCCAAUGUUGAGUUCUGGUAUGUGCAGUGAAGUGUUUCAUUUUGAUGUGUCGCCAACUCCAGGAGCUAUUAUUCCUGCCUCCUCGGUUGCUAAUAUAACGACAGAGCGCCAGCAAAAUGUUACUAACCUGAAAGGAAAAAACAGAAGGAUUCUUCACAGGCUUCCAGUUUCCCUGACAGGAUCUAACCAUAGAGAGCAUGUUCAAAAUUCUCAGAAAGACAACUUUCAAGGUAAUAAAACAGUCUCUCCAAUGAUUGUGUCUGUGCUUGUUGACCCUAGGGAAGGUAGCGACAUUGAGGUUGAUGGCAUCAUCAAACCAAAAUCAAUUUCUCGGAUUUUUGUAGUUGUGCUUUUAGACAGUGUGAAGUAUGUUACUUACUCAUGCAUGCUUCCACUCUCCGGUCCUCACUUAGUGACAACCUGAAACGAGUUGACGUUGUGGAGACUCUUCAUCCACAGUUUUGUAUAUAACAGUUACAAAUACCCCUAAUUUUUAACUCCUUAUGUACUCUUAAUCACAGUUGUACUGUUCUACAAAACUAUAACAUUUGUUUUUAAUUAUUACUUCUUUUGUAUU